AUGGAACAAUUUCAAGUAGAACAUAACAACUUCAAUGGGAAAAUAAGAACUGAUUUUGGAAGACUACAGAAUCUCAAGAAGAUAGGUCUAUUUCAUAACAAUUUCGGAAGUGGGGAACCAGAUGAACUAGCCUUCAUUGGUUCUUUCGCCAACUGUAGCAAUUUGGAAAUAUUGGGUAUGGAGGUAAACCAAUUUAGAGGGGUGUUACCAGAAUCUGUUGGCAACCUGUCAAAGAAUCUGUUUUCCUUUAUACUUAGUAGAAAUCAAACAUAUGGAACUAUUCCUUCAACAAUAGGUAACCUUGUCAACUUGGAUGCAUUAGGUAUGGAAGGUAACCAAUUCACAGGUACAAUUCCAACUAACGUAGGAAAUCUUCCAAAGAUGCAAAUAUUGGAUUUAGGAAUGAACCACCUCUCAGGGAAAAUUCUAGAUUCCAUCGGAAACCUGUCAUUGUUGAUUGAACUUUACUUAGAGGACAACAGACUGGAGGGGACCAUACCCUCAGGGCUUGCUAACUAUAAAAAGCUGUUGUUGCUGCACCUUUACCAAAACAACUUGAGUGGAAACAUUUCCAAAGAACUCUUGAAAGUCUCAUCUUUGUCAAUUUCAUUAAAUCUAGCUUGGAAUCAUUUGUCUGGUUCCUUGCCAACAGAGGUUGGAAACCUUAAAAAUUUAAUGGAAUUGGAUAUCUCUGAGAAUAAGUUGUCUGGUGAAAUUCCUAGCAGUCUUGGUAGUUGCACUAGCCUUGAAAAUCUUUAUAUGCAGGAAAAUUCUUUUCAAGGAUCUAUUUCUCUAUCAUUGGAAUCUUUGAGAGGUAUUCAAAACUUUGAUCUUUCUCAUAACAACUUGUCUGGAAAAAUUCUGACAUUCUUAGAGAAAUUUUCCCUAAUGAUUCUCAAUUUAUCCUUCAAUGAUUUUGAGGGUGAGUUACCAAUGGAGGGGGUUUUCGCAAAUGCAAGUGCAAUAUCAAUUGUUGGAAAUCAUGGGCUUUGUGGGGGUAUUUCUGAGCUACAACUACUGAGUUGCAUCACCAAGAAAUCAAAACAUAAGAUGCCUAUUUCACAUAUAUUGGCAAUUACAACAGCUUUUGUACUUGUUGGAGCAACACUUUUGUCAUUCUUUGCAAUUUAUUUGUUCAAGAAGCAAAGAACAACUCAAUCUACAGUUCCAGUGUUGAAAGAAUCAUUCUUGAAAGUCUCCUAUGAGAAACUCCUCAAAGAAACAGAUGGUUUCUCUCCUCCGAACCUAAUUGGUUUUGGUAGUUUUGGCUCUGUAUAUAGAGGAAUUCUCAUUCAGGAUCGAGAGUUUGUUGCUGCUAUCAAAGUACUUAACCUUCAAAAUCGUGUAGCCAUCAAGAGUUUCAGGGCAGAGUGUGAAACCUUGAGAAAUAUUCAACACCGAAACUUAGUUAGGAUCAUAACUUCUUGUUCCGGUGUUGAUUUUCAAGGGAAUGAUUUCAAAGCUCUAGUUUAUGAGUUCAUGCCAAAUGGGAGUCUAGAGAGGUGGUUGCAUGCAAGUCUAGAAACAAAUGAUGGGCAAAAUGAGCAGCAGGGACUCAACCUUCUACAAAGAAUAAACAUUUCCAUAGAUGUGACUUGUGCGUUCGAUUAUCUUUGUUAG